ACUCAUCUGAAAAAGGAUCGGUUUGGGCCUGACGGUCCCACAAUCCUGAAAUUUACCCUUUGCUUCUCUUUUUUUUGAGGAUGAAGUCGAAUCUUCCCCAGCUUAAGGCUAACCCUUCCUUCCUUCCACCUUGUCACCAGAUUUAUCCAGAAGUGAGGGAGAGACAUUGAAAACCCUUGUCUUCUUGUAGCUCAGGUUUCUGACCCAGAUGUCUGCACUGACUUAAUGUCCUAAAGCUGAGGAAGGCUACAACUUUGAAGUCUAAUGUCUGAUAUAUUUGAAAUAGUCUUAUUUUGUGGGGGAAAGGGCUACUAUCAAGGUUAUUAAUGAAAAUAACCAGCACUUACCUUUCUGGUAAGAAAUUGUGGUGCAGUGGCAAGAGUGUUGGGUUUAAUCAGAGGACCUGGAUGCGAUUCCUGGCUUUCUCACUUACUGACUGUAUGGCCUUGGAAAAACAGUAAAUCAAAAACAACUGGCAUAGCAACUGCUUCUGACAGAUGUCUAACAGGAUUAAAACUGCUGAGGUGGCCACUGCUUCUUCCAUACAAGGUUUUGGAAGGCAGGCUCUCAGAGGAGAGAAAGAAAUAUCAGUUUUAAGGGUUCGGAACCACAAGACAGCUGACUCUAGUAGAUCCAUCAUGCAGAACCGACAAGGGUAUUGUAACUGUUGCCAUGUGCACUAUAUUAACCUUGAACAGCAUAUAAUCAGCCCCCAACACAGAUACUUUGCUACAUACUGUAGGUAUCGGCUGGGUACCAAUAGCCUUUUGGAUCGUUUUCUUCAUGAUGUCAUGCAGUAUCACCCACAUCAGUAUUAUGAUAACAGACCAACUUAUGAUGACAUACCACUUCUCAGCCGUCCAUCACCUCCCAAGGAGGCUCAAUUGGAUAUUGAUCAGGUUCCAGAAAAGGGGGCUGAGAUGGAAACUCUUGGUGAUGGAGAAGAUUCGUCUAUGAAGGACUUGAAAUCCAUUGAAGAUUCAUGUUCUUCAUGUAAAUCCCAGAAGGAUAUGGGGGAGGUUUCUCUUCGACAUACAGUUAUCCAAACAAGAACGAAUGAAGAGCAGCUGCCUAUGGAAGACUCUCAGGAGGAGACCAUGUGCAUUGAUAAUAACAUGCAAAUUCCUGAAGAAAACAUUCAAACUACAAAUAGUAGCCAUAAAAUCCAAUUUACACCAGUGAUUACAGAGCUUUCCAGUUCUGUUAAUUCUUUACCUCAAGAUCCUGCUGUUAGUCCAGUUGUGACUGAGAAUGCCAGUUUAUCAUCCCCAGAAACUCAAUCAGUUUCAGUAAUCAAAUGUACCCCAAACAGGAAGGAUACGUGCAAUAACGAUAUACAGUUCGACAAAUGUUCUAACUCUUUUGAGUCAUCACUCCAGUUAGGAACCUCUUCAGUUUUACGUCAGAGCCCUAAAGUUGGACAAGGGAACUCUUUCGAUAUGACCUCAGGAGAAAACUCAGAAACAAAGUUGAGCAGUAUUGGUACAGUUCCUGUUAACGAAGUCGUUGAAGACGUCAUUCUGCCCAAUAUACAGCCCAGCCAAGAGGAGGAGAGUCCCUUUUUUAAUAUAUCUGCCAUUUUGGAUCAUGAAAGUACAACAGAUUCUGAAAUGAGUUUUGAUUGUGAUACCCCAUUUGAAUCAGUAGCUGACCAGCAUACAUUAGCUGUGAAAGAAAUAGACUUUCUGACAGAGGUGCAUGUUGACCUGGAAGAUGAGAACUAUCAAUCUCGUUUGAGCUCUGUUCUCAAAGUUAGUUCCUUAGGGGACGCACAACCAGCAAACGUGAACACAGUGGAACACCAUGACGAGCCAGUGCUUCCUGCACUUCCUCAUGUGCCUCCUUCCUUUGUGGGAAAAACAUGGACUCAAAUAAUGUAUGAAGAUGACUUAAAGAUUGAAGCUAUGGUGCGUGAAUUCCGGGAAGGCCGGAAUUUCCGUUGUUACUUUGAUGAUGAGCCUGAGACUAAGAAAACAAGCAAAAAUAAGCAGAAAGGUGGGACGUCAGCUAAUGCACUGCCAGAAUUCAAUGAUACUGCAAGCGUUUGUAGUUUUGACAACUUUUCUGAGGCUUCAGAUACGCUAUGCAAUGCUCCACCAGCUAAGAGGCCUAAGAAGCAAACAUGGCGCAUGGCUUCUCGAUGCCAGGUUGUUAAAGUCAGCCAUGGGACUCAGACAAGUGUGAUAGACUAUUCAGUAUUUGGAAGACACGUUUUUAGUGAGCAAGAGCUAUUGGACAAUGAGACAGGUAUUUGGUUGGAGAAUGAUAGGACACCAAACACAAGUACCAGAUUUUGUACACUUAAACUCCCAGAAUCAUAUACCAAAAUUUUGAGCCCUGUGCAACCUGAAACAGUAGUUUAUGUUCUUUCUUGCCCAGAGACUAAUCAGAAUAAAGCAAUUCUUGAUGAACUUAAAAUGAGAAGAAACCACAAUUCCAUAGAUAAUGAUUCUAUAAAAUAUAAAUACAAACGAUGUUCUUUUAAAUAUUAUGAUCCAAUGACUAAUCGAGUCCUGAAAACAACUCCUACUGACUUAUUAGGAGACAAAGUUAAAAAACCUGCCCAUGUGAGACAGCUGUUUAAAAGUCUCAACCUAAAUGUCAAGUUGAACAAAGGUGUUGCUUCUCAGAAAGAAUGCUUACCAGCUAGUCAGUCUUCUAAUUUGUUAGACCUUGAUAGCUCUACUUCAGACCCAGAUAAAGGAGAUGAUUUAACAUCAAGUCAGAAGUUGGAUGGAUCUUCCCUUUCUUCCGCUGAAGAAGAUGAUUUAACAUCAAGUCAAAAGCAGGAUGGACCUUCCUUUUCUUCAGAGGAUUAUGAAGUUUUGAUUGAUAGCCCUGCAGAUGAAUCUUAUCAACAGUCUGCAGUCUCACUUUUAGACACCAUGCAUGUUCAAAUAGAAAAUUAUUCCAGAUCAGCCUCAUUUAAGCAGACGGUUGCAAAAACACCUGUAAAGUCAAUCAGAAGUGAGUUACUAGUGAAGAAAAAUCCAAAGAAAAUCUGGGAAAGGAAGGAGGCAAAUAGUAAGAACACAGGUUUUUCCAGAAAGGCUUCUGGACCUAUGGUUCUCCAUCAUGGAAUUGCUAGAGUAAGAAUUAAGGACACUUCGGAAAAACAAAUACCCUGGGUUAGGAGCAGAAGGAAUGAGAUAAUAAGAAAGUAUAUAUCACCAUUGCUCUCUAAAUAUUCUGCUGUUUUGGGUUGUGGACAUCUAGCUAGAAAAACUGUUGUGGGAAAGUACUUGAGGACGCAAAAACUUGAUUUUAAAAUGCUAAAGAAGAGGAAAAGACCCAGGAAGAUGUUUUUGAACUCCACAGUCACAUCAGGUGCUACUGAAACACCAGAGAGAGCCUCAGCAGAGUCUAUUCUGGAACAGUCAGAAUGGACUUCUUCCAAAGUUACAAGGUGGGAGGUGAGUGAUGAUCAAAGACUACUUAACACAGAAAAACAGCCUUCUAGAACUGCUACACUACCUGCUUUAUCUUGUCCUACUGGGACACCGUUAUUUAACACAGAAACUCUUUCCUUGCCAACAACUAGUGGCAAGUUGAACGAGAAAAUGAACUAAAGAUUUUUGUGCUGUCUAGUUGAGGAGUCAAAACCCUCAGCUAAAUUAUAUUUUAAAUUAAUAAGCUAAUAACUCAGUUCACAUGGCUGGGAUAUGGGCACAGUACACAUUGCACUGUUUUGCUAUAAAUGUUUUUUCAGAAGUUUUGUAUUUGUUUGAAUUUAGCACUUAGGGCCUUAUUUUUAGACUUAAAUGCACUUGUUGUCCACCCUUUUCUGCAGAAAAACUGUGAUCUUGUAUAAUUUUAUAAUUUAAUAUAAAAUAUUAAAAUUGACCCCCAGUUUGAUGCUCUCCCUCUCAGUCUUUGUGAUUGUACCUCCCAUAUCCUCAGAUUGUAAUAAAUUGUCAAAAUGAUGCCCAGGAAAUAUAGUAAAACAAAUGCUGUCAUAUUUUUAAUGACAAAUUGGUGGUUGUUUGCACAUACGUUAUAUGUGUUUUAGGACUGCUUUGGGAGCAGUGUCAAUAUAGUAUGAGACUAGCAAAUGAAAAUGAAGUACAGUUCAAUCAUAAGACUGGAAGGGACCAUGAGAUGUCAAAUAGAGUAUACCCUGCCUUGUUGUUAGAAUCUCAACUAAAGUAUUAGACAAAUGAAAAUUAACUUUGUUUUUAAAGACCUGUAUGGAAAGAAGUUCCAGAAUCCCCCAGUUAACAAAAAAUUGUCAAGCAGUUAUUUUAGCCAUAGCUCUUAGGCCCUAAUUUCAUUCAUUUGGACCAAAUAAAAACAAAACAAAACAACAACAAAAAAAAGCCCAAAUCCUUGUGACUUUACAGUUUACAAUUUAGAAACAAUUCAGGUUUGUGGGUGGGAGGAAAACCCCUUUUUUUCUCCCAGU